CGAAUGACGUGGUGUGCGCUGCGUGAAAUCGUUCAUUUCGUCGUAACCGUAAUACAGCGAGAAAAACCGAAAUCCUAUCGAAUCAAUUUGCGGUUUAACGACAAUCGCAGUACCUAUAUAUUGUUAUUUAUUUAGUUUGUAGUGCGACAGCGGUUUUCUCCGUUUUCCGCCCAUUGUACGCGUAACGUCGUUGUCGACAUCAAAAUAUUACAAUACAUUUCGUUCUAGCGGUUAUCGCCUGUUAGCCGCAAUACGUUUUCGUGAAACACGUCCGGCUCAGCCUUUAUGUUUUCCACCGAAGACCGCCUUUAGAGGUACCAUUAGACGUGGUUUAUUAUUUGUUCGUCAACGCGAUACACAAAACAUCAUACAAUACACUCGUACACGUCAUAUGUGUCGUCAUUGACAGCAUCUAAUUGCGACCCCUAACUAGUGUUUAUAAGUCUGGAGGAGACUAAGACCGUACUAUAAUGGGACAAUUUCCCUUGCCACAUGCAGUUACCGACAUACGAUGUGAAAACGAAUUAGAAUAUGACCUAGUUGAAACAAAAGUCAAGUAUGGCAGAAAGGCUACUAUCGCUCAACUACUAGCUACGAUUGUUCAGAGUUUAUUACUAGUAAACGUCGGAAUGGAGUUGGCAAUGGCUACAGUAGUAAUUGGUUCACUUUACAAAAAUCCAAACGCCGAAUUCUUACUGUCUGAUACCGAGUCUUCUUGGUACGGGAGUAUACUCUACUUGUGUCAACCGAUCGGGAGUUUAAUGUCCGGGUACGCUCAAAAACACUUCGGAAAGAAGUCUUGUGUGGUCCUGGCUUGCGUUCCCAGCAUAUUUGGCUGGAUACUUCUAUGGUACGCAAACUCAGUUACCAUGUUGUAUUGGUCGACCAUAACGAUGGGCAUGGGAUUGGGCUUCAAUGAUGGCCCGGCAUACUCGUACAUUGGAGAGAUUUGCGAACCGAGACUCCGGGGGAUCAUGUCCUGCGUGAUAAAUAUGGCGUGCCUAGUCGGUGUCUUGUCCAGUUACGGGCUGAGUUACGUUUUCCAAUGGAAAACCGUGGCGGCGAUAAGCGUCCUGUGCCCGGUUAUGUGUCUGACGUUCGUGACAUUUAUACCGGAGAGUCCGAUUUGGUUGCUGUCCAAAGGCAGAAAUGAAAAGGCCAUGAAAGCCAUUUGUUGGCUGAGAGGAUGGGUAGAGCCUCACGUCAUUGCUAAUGAGUACCAAGAAUUGAUGUUUUACUACAAGACGUCUGUCGACAAAUCAUUGACGAUAACGGAUUCGAAAGGCAUGUUUUCGUCGUUUUUAUGGAUUAAGAGUCCUUCGGUGUACCGACCACUUCGGUUGGUCACCAUUUACUAUAUAUUCACGUUGAUUUCGUGUCUAACACCCUGCCGUCCUUACAUCGUUAAAUUGAUGUACGAAUCGGGAGUGAAAGAUACUCACAGCAUAGCUUUAGUGCUUUAUGGAUUUAUGCAAUUAGCUGGAAGCGUGGCACUCACUUUAACGGUGCGGAAACUAGGAAAGCGAAUGUUGACUUUAUUAACGUUAGCCAUAAAUACACUGACAAUAUUCGUAUUCGCUGUAUACUUCUUCUGUAUUAAUAACAACCUGCUUAGUUCCAAAGCCUACGUGCCAAUGAUACUCUAUUCGAUAAUCAUGUUCUUUGGAGCUAUGGGCGUAUUGACCGUGCCAUGGACGUUGGUCAGCGAGAUAUAUCCUAAUGAAGCCAAAGGUUUUGCUUCUAGCCUAACCACUGCAAUUUUUUACGUUCUAACGUUUUCGGCGACCAAAAUAUAUUUAAGUAUCGAAAAUACUUUGGGCCUAAAUAACACCUUCUUCAUGAUGGCAGCUUCCAGUUUUGUUGGGUUCGUAUACCUUUACAGAAAUAUGCCGGAGACCGAGAACAAGACUUUAAUGGAAAUUGAAGAAUUUUUCGUACCCAAAAGCGAACAGACAUCUUCUGAGGUAUCACCCGGACCUCGAGCCGUAUGAUGAAUUUUAUUUAUUUAUUUUUUUUUUGUUUUUAGUGUACAUAAAUGGUUUAGUAUUAAAACGUUACCUUAGACAAUGUAUAUACAAAUUUGAAUUAUUAAAUAUUAUUUUGGUUGUGCUACUAUUGUAUGUGACAAUUUCAAUGAUAUUUUUAUGGGAUUUGCAUUGUUAUAUUAUUAAAACAUCAGAUUCUAUAAUUAUAUGUUUCAUGUACUCAGUAAUAUACUAGAAGCACAAUAACGAACGUUCACUAUUUUGGUAUGUAAAAUAAUCCAAAUUCCUUGUUUUGUGUUUGAAUACAACUUGUAUUAACUUUUAGCACUCGUUUAUUUAAUUUAUUAUACGUUGUAAAUUAUUCCAUGUUAGA